CAGGUGAGGGGGGCAGACCGCAGGAAGCAGCGCUCUGGUCGGAUCGGACCUCCAGGAUUUGGUGAUGAUGCAGCAGAUGAACGAGUCGGAGCUCCAGGUGCGGCUGGAGGCGUUCAGCUUCGAGACGCACUUCGAUGAGCGUGGAGCGAUACAGUGGAUGCAGGAGAACUGGAGCAAGUCGUUCAUGUUCAGCGCGCUGUACGCCGCCCUGGUGUUCGGAGGUCAGCACUUCAUGAAGCCUCGGCCCAAACUGAACCUGCGGCUGCCGCUGGUCCUCUGGUCGCUGAGCCUGGCCGUGUUCAGCAUCAUCGGAGCGGUCCGGACCGGGUCCUACAUGCUGCACAUCCUGAGCGCCGGCGGCUUCAGACGCUCCAUCUGCGACCAGGGCUUCUACAUCGGACCCGUCAGCAAGUUCUGGGCCUACGCCUUCGUCCUCAGCAAGGCUCCAGAACUCGGCGACACGGCGUUCGUGGUGCUCAGGAAGCAGAAGCUGCUCUUCCUCCACUGGUACCACCACAUCACGGUGCUGCUCUACUCCUGGUACUCCUACAAAGACAUGGUGGCCGGCGGCGGCUGGUUCAUGACCAUGAACUACACCGUGCACGCGCUCAUGUACAGCUAUUACGCCGCGCGCGCCGCCGGAUUCCUCGUGCCCCGCCCCUUCGCCGUGGUCAUCACCAGCGCCCAGAUCGCCCAGAUGGCGAUGGGGCUGGCGGUGAGCGGCCUGGUGUACCGCUGGAUGCAGCAGGGCGACUGUCCGUCCCGCAUGGACAACAUCACCUGGGCCACGCUCAUGUACCUCAGCUACCUGCUGCUCUUCUCCAACUUCUUCUACCAGACCUACCUGCGCCGCGAAGCCAAGGCCAAGAGCCAGUAGGACCCGCCGGACCGGAGGGCGGCGCUGCUGAGCUGCUGCAGCAAACGAAGGGAAACCAGAGCAGAAGACGAAUUUAUUUCUGACUGGGAAUGAAGGAGCGUUUCCGGACCCGCUGGCUCCUGACUGCAGGUCCAAAGAUGGUUCCGAUCUAAAGAAUCAAACAUGAAGCUCAGCUGCUGAUCAGAGGUCCGAAAAUAUUCACCAUAUUUUGACUAAAUUUAUCAGCUUUGGACCCAAAAAAUGUUCUGAACCAUUUUUACCUUCUGUCUCAUUUCCAAGAUGUUUGAAAUAUGUAAAAAUAUAUUUAUAAUCUGAACCCGUCUGGUCCGAUACACUGGUUCUACUGGUUCCGGCCGAACCCAGGUUGGCUGGAGAGAGUAAACUGGGUCAGAACUGGAACUUUUACUUCUGUAAAUAUUUCCAUCAAUUUGUCUUUAAAAUGUCAAACUUCUGAUUCUGGAACCGAUCCAAAAGAACCGGUUCAGAUCCAGCUGAGCUCGUACAGGUAUGAAGGCAGCUGAUUGGCUGCUGGAAGGUCACGUGUUGGAGCUGGUUCUGGUCGGAGUUCUGAAGGAAACCAGCAGCUGGUUUCUAUGACGAAGACGAGAUCUUCCACCGAAUGAAUACUUGACGUUUUCCUGGGAUUUAUUUAUGGAUAUUUAUUGUUUAAAAAUGUAAUAAAAUGACUUUUUCAAUUUGUA